AUGGCCUCCAAAUCCGACAUUGUCUUUCUCCCCGGUGCCUGGCACUCGGCCAACUGUCUGGACAAGGUCGUCCCCCUCCUCACCGCCAAGGGCUACACCACCUACGCGCACACUGUCAAGAGCGUGGGCACACCCCAUGUCACAGUCCAAGACGACGCAGCCUACAUCCGUGACGAAAUCCUCGAACCUCUCUUCCAGAAGGAUCGCCAGGUCGUCCUCGUUGUCCACUCGUACGCAGGCACACCGGCCGCACCCGCCAUCAAGCAGCUGCAUGUGAAGGAUCGCAAGGCUAAAGGCCAACCGGGCGGACUUGUCGGGAUCAUCUGGGUAACAUCCUAUCUCUUCUCAAGCGCAGGGUUUGGUGUCGUGGAACGCGAGGCAAAGCUCGAGGGUUUGGCCAGGUUCGGUUCAAUCAAUGCGGAAGAGGAUUUUAUAUACCCAAGGGAAGACCUCGACUUCUUUUAUGGAGACGUGGAUGAGGACUUGGCCAAGGCUACACUCUCAACUCUCAAGCCUCAUUCCCUGAGCGCGUUGUUGACCGACGUCGAUGAAUAUGGCUACCGCGAUGCGUCGUAUGACGGAUGCAGAGCGUACGUCAAGUGCUUGAGGGAUCGACCCAUCUCCAUCGAGCUCCAGAACUUCAUGAUUAAUAGUAGCGGUGUCAUUUGGGAGACUCGCGAGUUGGACACUGGCCAUAGCCCCUUUCUAUCCCAGCCAGAACAGCUCAGCAGCACCAUCGACGAGCUGAUCCAAGGAUUCAAGAUCUAA